CUUGUCCCGCCCCUCCCCCGCCCCUCCCAGCCGGAUCGGCAUGCGCCUGCGCACCGGAGGCCGGAGGAGUCUUACCCUAAUGUAAGAUGGUGGCCCGUCUAGCCGUGGAACCCACCGAAAGCUGAGAGUCUCUCUCUCAGCCGUAAAGGUCGGACUCACUGAAGCAGUCAGGCCCGGUUCUGAAGAGUUUUUUCGCCGACUCUCGUUCAUUGGUCUUCUGUGAGGACUCGGCAACGCGUGGAGUCGGCUAAGAGAAAAGCGAGGCAAGGCAGGCGGGUCUUCAGAGUUCUAUAUUUUAGCUCUCAGUGCUGAAUUACCUUCUCCCUUAAAUUAUUAUAAACUUUUGCUGCUGUCAAAUAAACGUGAAGAUGUCUCGCAGUCCUGAUGCAAAGGAAGACCCUGUGGAAUGCCCUCUUUGCAUGGAGCCCUUGGAAAUAGAUGAUAUUAACUUUUUCCCUUGCACCUGUGGCUACCAGAUAUGCCGAUUUUGUUGGCAUCGAAUUCGCACUGAUGAGAAUGGGCUUUGUCCUGCAUGUAGAAAGCCAUAUCCAGAAGACCCAGCAGUUUACAAACCACUUUCCCAGGAAGAAUUGCAAAGGAUAAAGAAUGAGAAAAAACAGAAACAAAAUGAGAGAAAACAGAAAAUCUCAGAAAAUCGAAAACAUUUGGCUAGUGUACGUGUUGUACAAAAAAACCUUGUGUUUGUUGUAGGUCUGUCACAGCGCCUAGCAGACCCAGAAGUUUUAAAACGACCAGAGUAUUUUGGGAAGUUUGGUAAAAUACAUAAAGUUGUCAUCAAUAAUAGCACAUCAUAUGCAGGCUCACAGGGUCCGAGUGCCAGUGCUUAUGUAACCUAUAUCCGGUCAGAAGAUGCUCUCAGAGCAAUACAAUGUGUCAACAAUGUGGUGGUAGAUGGUAGGACACUAAAGGCAUCUUUAGGUACAACAAAGUACUGCAGUUAUUUCUUAAAGAACAUGCAGUGUCCAAAGCCUGACUGUAUGUAUCUACAUGAAUUGGGAGAUGAGGCAGCCAGCUUCACAAAAGAGGAAAUGCAGGCGGGUAAGCACCAAGAGUAUGAACAGAAGCUCCUCCAAGAAUUAUAUAAAUUAAAUCCCAAUUUUCUUCAGCUAUCUACGGGUUCAGUUGAUAAGAAUAAGAACAAAGUGACACCAUUACAAAGGUAUGAUACCCCCAUUGACAAACCUUCAGAUUCUCUCAGUAUAGGGAAUGGUGAUAAUUCCCAACAGAUAUCUAACAGUGAUACGCCUUCACCACCACCUGGUUUAUCAAAAUCUAAUCCUGUCAUCCCCAUCAGUUCAUCCAAUCACAGUGCAAGGUCUCCUUUUGAAGGGGCAGUAACAGAGUCACAGUCAUUAUUCUCAGACAAUUUUCGCCACCCCAAUCCUAUACCAAGUGGGCUUCCUCCUUUUCCCAGCUCUCCACAGACACCCAGUGAUUGGCCUACAGCUCCAGAACCACAGAGCCUCUUCACAUCAGAAACAAUCCCAGUAUCUUCAUCUACAGACUGGCAAGCAGCAUUUGGCUUUGGUUCUUCUAAACAACCAGAGGAUGACUUGGGGUUUGAUCCCUUUGAUGUCACUCGAAAAGCCUUAGCAGACCUGAUUGAGAAGGAACUAUCCGUCCAAGACCAGCCUUCCCUUUCUCCCACAUCUCUUCAGAACUCCUCCUCACACACUACAACCGCCAAAGGUCCAGGCUCUGGAUUCCUGCAUUCUGCUGCACCUACGAAUGCCAACUCUCUUAAUAGUACCUUUUCAGUCUUGCCACAGAGGUUCCCUCAAUUUCAGCAGCACCGAGCAGUUUAUAAUUCGUUCGGUUUUCCAGGCCAGGCAGCCCGCUAUCCUUGGAUGGCCUUUCCACGCAAUAGCAUCAUGCACUUGAACCACACAGCAAACCCCACCUCAAAUAGUAAUUUCUUGGACUUGAAUCUCCCGCCACAGCACAACACAGGUCUGGGAGGGAUCCCCAUAGCAGGGGAAGAAGAGGUGAAGGUUUCGACCAUGCCACUGUCAGCCUCUUCCCAUUCAUUACAACAAGGACAGCAGCCUACAAGUCUCCACACUACUGUGGCCUGACACCAGAACUGAGAGGAAAGGAGAGGAUUAGACUCGGGGUGCUUGCAUGGGCAACUGGAUUUUUGCAUGGUUCCUUUCUGACUUUGCAUUUAAUGUAUACACCCAAAAAAGAGCCAAUAUAAACGUUCCUCAUGCCGACAACUAGCGUGGACCUCGUAGUUGCUAAAGUAUUUCUUCAUUAGGCCUUUAACAUAAUUUAUUAGCAUAAUAAUUUUGCCAUUGUUUCUCAUGAGUGAUACAAUUUUUAACUCUUACAAAUAAACUUAGAGUACUAAUUAAGAUCCCAGAGGAGAUUAGCUAGACCUGUUCUUAUUUUGACUCUAUUAUUGGAAAUAUACAAAAGUAAUGGUAGUUCUUUGUUUUUUCGGUUUGUGAAAAAAAUGGUAAUAUUCUAAUCUACUCCUGAAAUUUUUGAAACAUUAAGAUAAUGUCUAUUGCAUUCUUUGAAUUCUUGAAAAGUAAGAAUACAUAUAAAACAAAACUGGUGGUGUCAUUUAAUGCUCAGAAAGAUGUUGUCAGCUGUUGUUUUUAGUUGCCUAGAUUUAUAUCAUAUAUUAUGCAUUACAUGUAUACAAACUGUUUUGUUCUUUCUCAUUUGCACAUUUGCACUUUUCUUUUUGAAUGGUUGUUAAUUAUACAUAGAUGGUUAAAAGGUAAUAUUAUGGCCUAAAUGCAAUAUCAUCUGAUUUCUAAUGCACUGCCUAGUAUACCAGGAAAUGCCUCAAAAACAGAAUUUCAACUUGUAGUUGAGUUACUAGAAACUUGAACAUGGGGUAAACAUCAUAUGUAAGGAGUAGCCACAGUAGUGUAACAUUUUCAUUGAACAAACAGUAGUUCAGUAGGAUCUGUUUGGAAAUUUCAUUGUUAAAUAAUUGACAUGUGAUAAAAGUAACUGAUCAGAAUAAAUAAGACUUAUAGUAGAAGAAAGAAGCUGGGUGUCCUGUAAAAUGAGACCGUAUAAGUUGUAAUAGAUAACCUUAGAUGAAUCAGAGAACAGUGAGUGGAGUACUUCAUAAGGCAUAAUGUAAAGUGAUGCUUUUAAUAUGCAAAACUUCUUGAAAUAGUUUAAAAAUGAUAAUAAAAAGUAAACUGAACUUAGUUCUGAGCAGUGGACAAAAAUCUGAUUAAAAAAAUACCAUUACCAUAAUUUGCCUAAAAGCAUUUGGGGAGAAAGAGAAAACCAGACUUCUUGAGAUUAAAAAAAAAAUUUUUUUAAAAAGUAUGCCUUAAUUUGUUUUUUUUUUUUUUAAAGAACCAUGAAAAGCGUACUGUGAAUACCAAAAAGAAAUCUUAAUAAUACUACUAAUAAAACAUCUUAUGUGAAGAUGAUGCUAAUAUUAUAUAGCAUUGGCAUUUUUGGGUUGUUUUUUUACUAUAAAAUAUGGGAACUUCCUGUUACAAAAUAAAUGGCUUCAUCCUGAGGUAUAGUGGAGUAAAGUGGAAAUUUAUUCUUGCAUUUUUUUUUUUUUUAAAUUUGGUUGAGGUCACAGAAUUGACCAAUUCUCUACCCAUCUAAGUUACGUUUUUAGAGUUCAGCAUAAAUAUCAAUUUCUAGCCUGUAUUUAAAAGUGAAUUUACAGCAACAUUAUAAGAAAACUGCUGUCUUAGAAAAUAGCAGAACAAUAGUGUAUACUUAUUAAACUUCAGCCUUUAUUCAGACCUUAAUCCAGUUAUGGGUUUCAUUUGACUGUAACAAGUCAGUGUUCACUAUGUGUUCUGUCGCUGGAAGUGUGACUCCCUUGUACGGAUGCUCACUGGAUCUUAGCUCUUUCCAGGUUCAUCGGCUCCCUUCUCUUAUGCACACAGAGGAGGACUGGCUCCCAUUUACUCCCUGCUUGUGUUUCGAGGGAUGCUGCAGAACAAAGCUUCUUUCCUUGUCGUUCUCUGUUCUGUUUCAUUCAUAAUUUGUACAUUAAAUUUAUCCAAAGUUUUUUCAGACUUGCUCAUAGUCCCCAGUAAGAGUUCCAAGGCUGUCUCCUUUCUAUCUAUUCUCCCUCUACUUCUGAUGUACCAUGAAUUUGGGAAAUGCUUUGUAGGCAAUUAGAACUCAGUAUUAUAACUUUCUUUAUAAUGUGCUUAAAAACUUACUUUAAAGUCAUUUUUUGUUGUUUUUUAUUAUUUCUAGACCCAUAAGUUCUCACCUUUUUGUUUAAUGUGGUAUUUUAGAAGUCUUUAAAAUCAUAAUUUACUCUAAUGUGUGGAAGAAAGUAUAUAGUACAUAAAAGUACCAUUUUAUGUGAUGGAUAAAUAUAAUUAAAAUAGUGGAAAGAAUGAGAAAUUCUAAGAAACUUAAGAUUUGUCGAUACAUUCUUGUAGAAUGCAUCUUGCACUGGGAUACUUUUAAUAUAGAUUUUACUGCUUUGGCCAUUAUAAAGUGACUAGGCUUUUCCUUAACAAAGGUUUUUUAACCUGGAUUCCCAGACUCUUGGAAGGUCUAUGUGAAAUGGUGGGUUUGUGUGCCAGUACAUUUGCUUGUUGUUUUUCUGAGGAAGAUCUAUAGUUACUAGAUUGAUAAAGAGUUGGUGGCAUUCUCCCUCUCCAAGAGAUUUCAAAUGGCUGAAACAUGACAACCUCGAAAUGCCCUGAGCCCCUGAAGGAAGUAGAGCCUGCCCUGACUUUCAGUUCUGGGAUAUGAAUUGCUCUCUUAUUUUCUCAAAGAUUUCAGGGGAGAAUGUUUUGAUAAACAAUGAUUUCCUUCUCAUUCUCCAUUUGCUUUCUUCACGUUACUCUGUGGUACAUUUCCCCCUUUAUUUCAGCAGAUCUUUGAUUAAAUAUUACUGCUCUGUAAGGUGACCUGAGCUAGGUCUUGAGGGAGAGCAGUCCUGUGCAGGGUUAUUCCACAUUACUUCUUCAUUACUUCAGCCCUUGACAUUCUCAUGUCAGCAGCCACAGCAGUCCAAGCUCACACCCAAAGAAUGGUAAAUGUUGAUACAUCAGCUCAAAAAUGUAAACUGAUUUGGAGGGAGACUUAAAAAAAUAAAAACAAAGCACUAGAAAAAGACAUACUGAUCAUAUUCUGUUUCAUACAUGUAUGUGCUGUUGUCUCAGCCUCCUGGAAACCAAAUCAUGUGCUUCUCUGAAGUAAGCAACAUUAGUGCAUUCUUGUCUCUGCACACUUGUACUGACAUAGUUUAUUUGUAUGGUAUUCCAAGUCCCUUCAAAACUGCCAGAACUAUCUUCUGCUCUGGCACAGAAGGUACGGCCAGAGAGGAAUUGCUGCAAAAGCCCAGAGAAAGGAAGGCGAUUUAGGAGCAUCUGAAAUCCCACAAAAUUGAUCAUUACUAUGUUGUUUGUAAGGUUUUAGAUUUUCUUUUUUCUUUUGAUCAUGAAGUUUUCUCAAAUCUGUUUAAUUGGCAUAAAGGAUGAAAACAUAAUAAUAAUGUUUAUCUAUGCAAUAGCUUAAGUCAGAUAUCUGGUGAUAAGCCAGUACAUCUGCUCUAUGUAAAUGUCUCUCUCCCUUGCUGAAUGAACACUUGUCCUGCUUCCUGAGGUUGGAAAGUGGCAGUAGUGUGUGCAGGCAUCAACACAUACAUGUUUAGUGAGCAAAUCAGACAUUGUGCUGAUUUAAAAACAAAACAAACAGCAGGAGCUAGAAAAAGAGCUUGUUUAAAAAAAUAAUAAUAAAGUGAGAUUUGUUACUUUUGAGGAGGAGUUACAUUUAAAUUAAAAGGGAAAGAUGGUCCAAUGAAGAACAGAGUUGAUACCAGAGAGGCUGGGAAAUAGACUUGAUGAGGUGUGUAGCUUCAAGGGAGCUAAAGCCUUGACAGUAGGAAGAAAAGUCUGGAGGGGUGGGCGCUGUAGGAUUUUUGGCACAGUGUAACAUUUUAAAAGAAGUAAUUUGGGAAGAUAUUUCAUUGCAAUUAGGACAAAUUAGAAUCCAGUUUCAGGAUGCCAUUAUUGGCCAGUGCAAAAAGGUGGCUUAGACUAGAAUAGGUUUGGCUAGAUCUCUAUUGACCUUUCAGAUUGUAUUAAAUGGUCCAAAAUAACAGCUAGAUUUAGAAAACGCAGAACCAGGAUCUUAUUGUCACUCAUUGAGCACUAAACGGUUGUUUUGUGUGAAGUCUAAAAUCACUAACUCACAAUAUAAGUAACAGAAAAUACCUUCCUGGUUGUUUGGCGGCAGUGUUGUUGUCGAUGUUGUUAUUUUUUGUGGUUUUUACUAUUACUGUUAUUAUUCUAGCUGGCCUCAAACUAACUCUGUUGCUGAAGAUGACUUUGUGUUUCUGAAUCUUCGCCUUCAUCUCCUCAGUUCAGAAUACUGGGAUUAUAGGCAUGUGUCAUCGCGCCCAGUUUUGUGUGAUGCUGAACAUCAAGCCCAGGGUUUCAUGCUUUGCCAACUGAGAGCUACAUCUUUAGCCCCCAUCCCCAUCUCCCUGUGAUGUCAAGGACAGUCUGGUCUACAUAGUGAGUUCCAGGAUAGUCAGGACUACAUAAUCUUGUAGUCAAGUCAGUAAGGCAUUUCUUAUAAGUCUAUGGUGUGAGUGAUGUGUAAGGGCAGUCAGUGACGUUAGAUGCCAUGACAGAGAAUAGGAUUAGUGUUCAAUGGAUGACAAAUGAGAUCAUUAUGGUCAUUGUGAUGACUCAGUGCCAACAGAGGACGAGAAUCAGGAAAAGUAGUGGACUGUAUAGUUGGAAGAACAGCUGGCUUUUGUGACCCCUGUAUAGUGUCUACCCUAUUUUCCUCUACUUGUUUUUGAAAGUAGUUCUGAAAUAUCAAGAGCAUGGUGUUGCCUGUAGAAUCCCAAGGCUGGUUUCCUCUAAGUUGAAAUGAUCCAAGGCAGACUUCCUGAGUGAUAGGGGAACAUACAAAGGGAAGGCUGGGGAGGGCUUGGGAGAAGCCAGCGGUGAGUCAGGUGAGUCAGAAAGCUCAGUAUGUACAAAGGAGCUGUCCUGUCAGGAUCUGAAAGAGCACGGAGUGGGGUAGCAUGAGUCUGUUAAAGGGCCCACUGCAAAACCAGACUCCUGGUUUCAGAAGCAAACUAGAAAGUCCCAGCGUAGGCUCUCUGUUUACGAGGGCAAGACAUUCCACACAGCUGGCUUAGGUUCUUGACUAUGGUAGAAUGUGACAGUUGUCACAUGCUCCUGCUUGCUAACAUUCAAAGGAAGAUUCUGCUUUAUUUAUACAGCAAGUUAAGAGCAUAGCAGUGGAGUAGAGAGAACUCAACAGUUACCAUAAUACACAAUAAAAGUAUUUUGGUAAUUUUCCUCCAAUGAGAUUAUACUGUAGGAGCAAAUAAAAUCUACAAUUUUGGGGGCUAAUAUAUUUUUGGCCAAUAUAUUUUAUAUUCUUAGGUGGAUAAUCUUUAUGAAAAGUUACUAAAGUGUAGUAAGUGGAUCAGGAAUGAUGGUAUGUGUACAUGUAUGUGUGUCUUCAUCUAGUUAAUAGCAAACAUCCUACUUUGGAAGCAGCCUUAGUUCUCUGUAAUGAGUGUUUUUUUUUGUUUUUUUUUUUAAGUUAACUAGAUUUACUUGCAUGUGUGUCGGCUGAGAUGUCAACUGUGUUUUACUGCUCAGCAGUACUACACUUAGGAAACCAUGCGGAUUGAGAAAACACUGUUCUUGGGCUUCAUUACUUGUCUGUGACUUGCCUCUAGGAGAAUUAGUGCUACUCCCUUAGUUUCAUUUCUACUGCUCUGAUAGAAUACCCUGACAAAAGCAACUUAGGAAAGGGGGGGUUGUUUGUUUAACAAUUCCGAGUUAAAGCUUAUCACUUGGGGAGUUAGACCACAAGAGCAUGUGACAGCUGCCACAUUUUACCCUAGUUAAGCAGAGAGGAAAGAAUUAACCACGCGUGUUAUACCCAGCUAGUGUUCUCCAUUUUUACACACUCCAGUCCAGAAACUUGGGGAAUGGUGCUCCCUAUGUUUCCACUAGGUCUUCCCCUACCAGCUAAUGUAAUCUAAGUAAUCUCCCAGCAAUGAGUUCACAGGCCAAACUGAUCUAGACACACCCUCAUUGAGACUCUCAAGUGGCUGAUUUUAGAUUUUCUCAAGUUGGCAAAACUAUAACCACCACACCAGUUUUCAUUGCUAGUCAUAAGAAAAAAAUCUAUACCUGUUAGGUAUCUAGAACUGAGGUAAGCUUAAGUAAACCACUUGAAGACUUGACUCAGGUACCUAGAGUUUGUAAGAUAGUAUGAAAUACUGGCUUCAAGAGACACUCCAUUCUUUUUAGGUUCUCUGUGACCACAGUUCCUAAACAGCUCAUUGAUCUCACUCUCAGCCUGUUCACACUGUUUGGUUGUAUUUUAUUUUGUUUUGUUUUGUUUUUUUACUUUAUCUGCAUAUACUAUAUGCUUAAUUUAUUCCCAUGCCAUGAGUUUAUGUUUCUUCAGUUUCUUCUGAGAUAUCCUUUUCUUCUGUUCGACCUCCUCUUCUGGCUUUGGAACAGUCUGUCCCUUCUCAGUGAGGAUCAUCUCCAUGUGGCAGGGGAGCUCAUGGAUGGGUUAAUCUGGCCAUGAGCUCUGUAGGUUCGUCGGCGCAUCUUAGCACAUCUUAGGUGCCUUGUUCACCUGGAUGUGUUCAAUGACUAGAGACUCUUAUGUCUAAACUGUAAGUUCAGCAUCACUCUUUGCAUUUUUAAGCAGGUGCAGCAAAAAUUCAGCACUCUGUUUUGGCCACCAUCCCAGUAUUCAGCCCCACUGUUUGGCCUGGACCCACUUACCAACUCCACCAUUUUACUGCCGGAAUGGCACACAUUGCUUCUUUAGAGUGACAUCCUUCAGAUAGUUGGUGGCUUUUCAGAUAUGCAUACUCUUGAUGGCCUGGGCAGUUUCCCGGGUGUUCUUAAAGUGAACACGAAGGUUUGAACCUCUUGAUUUGCAUUGUUCUAAGGAUUCCCAGAAGCUUCACGCUGAGCUUAGAACGGUGCUGCCUCACAGACUUCUUUUUAGUACUCAGAUCUGCUGUUAUGCUCUUAAACUCAAAAGCAUUACCCCCCCUCCCCCCACCACACAACCCUCUCCCUCUGUGCACUUUAUAAAGCUUUUAAAGUGCCCAUGUCUUUCUCUUCCAUAGAUGUAAAGUAGAAUUAACUGUUUAAAUAUGUACAGGACACUGGCCCAGUAGUGCUCUUUAAUUGUCUCAUUAGUAGUAAGAAUUUUGACCCCUUUAUUUGUUAGGGCAAUGUGAUAAUGACUAUCUAGAUGCAUAUUUUACCCAGUAAGAUAAAAGGUAAAUAAAUAUCAAACUUUAAUAUACUCAUAUCUCUUCAUAAUAGUACUGCUUCAACUUAAGUGUUGUUUGACAGUUUCAUUCCUAUCCCAAACCCCUCCCUUAACAAAACAAACUCCAAAAGAUAAGGAGCCAAAGCCUAGAGACCUUUGAUUUCUUCUAGGAACAUCUGCCUGCAUAGUGUGAAAUGGCAAUCACAGUCUUACUGUCUUGAGGAUGCUUACUUAGUGUCAUGUAAGAAAGGCUUUACUUUAGCCAGAUUGUAGACCGUUCUCUGUGUAUGCAUGAGGCCUGUCUGCAUGUGUAGGUUGUGUCAGUCCCCUACCUGACUGAUGACUAUAGCAGAAAAAAAAAUAGUCUCAUACUAUUUUUGUGACUUCUCAUGUAUUUAUUCCUGAUGUGUUUUACUUCAUUCAUAUAUUUGAGAUUAAUGCUGUCUUUUAAAAAUAUUUUGUCAUUUUCUUAAGUGCUUUUUUUUUUUUUUAAAUGACACUGUUUAAAUGUAGUGAGAUUGUAGAACUUGUACCCAACUCACCCUGGCCAGUCUUUCCAUUUUUUUCCCCCAAAUAAAGAUUUUUAUAACCUUUUCUUAUCAAAGUUUAUACUAAAUAAGACCAUCCCAUGUCACUCUUUAGAAAACCCUAUAAAAAUAAUUUUUGAAGAUUUAUAUUAAAAGCUUGAGUUCUGAUAGCUACCACAAUCAUUAGCAAUACUCCUUGUAAGGCUCGAGUAAUAAAUAAUCCACUCUCAGAAGGAUUGUAAUUUUUUUUCUUUGUAAUCACAUUCAAAUACCAAUUUAGCGUUUCUUUAGUCCUGUCUAUAUUUUCUAUUAUACACACAUACAGCUCAUGGAAAAAAAGAACUUAAAGAUUCUGGAUGUGUUUCCUUACUAAAUGUUGUGUCUUAUAGUUUAACUAUUUUAGAAGUUUUUUCAAGGGCUUUUAGCUGAAAGUCAAUGAAAAUAAAGAAGGCUUUCAAAAUCGCCAUGGACCAGCAGCUAUCAUGUGGCCUGUAAGCCAUCAAGUAAAUGUGGCCUGGUGAUCUUGGAGGAACUUGAAGAAAUGGGGCUUGGGGGUGGCUGUAGCCUUUCAAGUGUUCUUCAUGUAAACUUCAUUAUACGAUUGCCAAUGUCAGAAUAAAAUAAAGAUUAAAAAGUGGUGGAAUUUAAUUUGUGCAGAACAUAUGUCUUCAAUACCAAAGAGCACUUAGGACCAGCGUGCAUCACCACUAGACUGCUAAUUGCUGUAACACUCUGAAGCCAACAAGAUCCCUGACAGCUGUGUAGGCUCUAAGGUACAUUGCAGCAAUACCAACGGUGUUGAACGCUGAAGAAGCAACAUUCUCUGCUACACCUCGUACACGGAGAGCUACUUUGCUGGCUUCUUUCAAUCAAGGACAUUGUGGCUUUUAGCCCACUGGAACAGGAAAAACUACCCAAGGAUUUAAAGAUGAUAGUACCCACAGCAUCUCCAAAGGGGGGAAGUCAAGAAAGCUGCUUCCGAUGAACUGUAAGAAGCUGCUGUUUCCUGAUAUGGCAAAGUUGAGUUCCAGUGACUGGAUUCGGGAUUUACAUUGCUGCUGCUGGUCUCAGAACAGAACAGACUGCUCUGGAAUUUCGCUGCAGUUGUUUGAAACCUUGCUCGGCACAUUACAUGUAGCUGUUGCCAGAAGUGUGACUCCCUGAAGCUCUGGUUGUUUUUUCUUUGCUUUGCUUUUUUCCCCCCUCUCUCCUUGUUAAGUCUGUAAGUUGACUACCCAGUUAAAUAAAGGUAAACCAGGUCCUGGGUUGUGAAGUCAUCAGCCAAGGAGGAACAUUUUGCAUUCACCUUAAACUGAAUGUUGGGUUGCAUGUUCUCAUUCCAUUUAUGUGUUUGCUGUCAAAAGAAUACUUUUUUUUUUACUAAAAUCUAUAAGUAUAGUACUUGUGCAAGGCCCUGUGUUUGAUCUCUAGCUCCUACUCCCCCCAAAACUCACCAUGCUUAUGGAUUAUUGCUCUAGCUACCUUAAUUCUUAAUGGCCACUAAGGCAAGAUUGUUUAUCAGGUUUAUUUCCUUAAACCCUUCUAGAUUCAAUCACUAAUAAAGCUUACUGUCAUCUUCACAUGGUCCAAGACAAUCCUGCUAGACAUAAACUCUUAAAACCUGGCACGUUGAGUUUUGUCCCUUUUUAAAAUUGUUUUGUUUUAAGACAGGUUUACCCUUUUUAGCCCUGGCUGGCCUGAAACUUGCUUUGUAGACUAGUCUGGCCCUGAGCUCACAGAGAUCUGCCUGCCUCUGCCUCCACACCCAGCCUCUCAAUAAAAUUUUAAAUUUAUUUAGUAAACUAAACAAAGGUUUAAGUAAUCCCCAGAUGUACAAUUUAGGUUAUAAUGAUUUCAGAUUUUAACUUUACAUGCCAUUGUGACAGCUUUUGCUCUUAUCUUUUUCUUUCUUUGAACAGAGAAUUGUUUCUUGCUCCAUGUAAUUUACCACAAUUAAUGGGGAAGUCCAAACUAGAUCUUAAUUCACCACCUUCUGAGUGUUGGGAUUAUAGGCAUGUGCUCCUUAUAUGUAGUACUGGGAAUCAAACACAGGGCCUCGUAUGUACUAGGCAAGCACACCAUGAGCUGAGCUACACCCCUAAUCCCAUAGCUAGACCUUAAUGUUUGCUAAAUGUGUGCUUUCCCUACAGAGCCAGUGGUCCUAGGUUUUUUUCUAUUACAAGAAAGAAUGAUGUCUAUUGGAGAUGUUAGUUGUUACUCAGUAUAUGCUAUUACAGGAGCCAUUCUAUCUCUUAUCUGUUUAUUUCCAAAAGGGAGUUUGAGAUUUUAAGUGAUCAUAUUCUUUUCUUUCUUUCUCUUUUGAACUAAAACAACACAUUUGAACAGAAGGCAACCACUGUAUUGUUAAAUGUUGAACCAGCAGAAUUUUGACAUUGGAAAGUUUUGAUAUUCAGUUUAUGCACGUUUUUACCAUCUAAUACUUACUUCUAAAAAAAUUUUUCACCUAAAACAUUAGUUCUAAUUUAGGCAAGUUUUAAAGAUACUCUUUAAAACCAUGUAAUACUUCAAAAUUAUUUUUUUCACUAAAGCAUUAAUUCUAAUUCAACUUGAAGGUCCAGAAUAUCUGAAGUAAGAAUUAUAGUUUCUGACUUAUAUUUAAAAUGUACUCAUCUAAUCUUCCUUCCCUCUUUCCUUCCUACCUUCUUUUUCAGUGAGCUUGAAUAGUGACUGAGAAUUGGUUCUGUCAAGACCAUCUCUGGCAAUCUGUUCCAAAUUCAACUAUAAUAAAUCAUAACUAAGGAUGAACAUUUACAUAAAUACAUAUUUUUAAGUGAUUUUAAAAUAAAGUCUUUUUAGUGGACUGGUGGUAAGCAUAAAAAAAUCCUUGAAUUCAUCGGAGUCUUUUGAAAUGCUGUCCUACACAGGAGGACUGGCUUUUGUUUACUGGAAAGGAUGUGUUCUUGUUAGGACAGACUGACUGUGUAUGUGUGUUUGUUUGUGUGUGUGUGUGUAAUAACCAGUUUAAUAAUUGCAAUUAUAUGUCAUAAACAUACUUGAUAGUAAUCAAUACCAGGUCAUUGUGUUGUUCAAGAAUUGCUCUGUUCUUUACAUUGAAACAUCACUUGAAGAUUUGAAACAGAAAAGGUUUCAUUUUAGCUUUGUAAAUAAAUACGAGAAAGGAAAAGCAAAAUAACCUUUUAAAGACAACAAAAUCUGUGUGCGUUAGUUUCACAGCUGAACUGGAAAUUAGAGAUUUCCCAUGUCCUCCAUGCUCCCACACGUGUAAAGCUUCCUCUAUUGUCUGCAUGUUCCAGUUGAGGAGCCUACGGUGAUAAAGCACUAUCACCCAGCAUCAUAGUUUGUAUGAGGGCUGCUCACUCAUGCUGCUGUACACUGUACAAAACUAGACAAUUGUGAAUGACCUGUAGCUCAUUGUACCAGCCCGAUACUCCUCUGUACUGUGUUCAUGCAUCCCUCCCCUUAAACCACUGGGCUGUAUAUACUGUCCCUGUAGUUUUACCUGUUCCAUUUUGGUCUUUGGAAUAGCUUUUUAGCUUAUCUUUUUUCACCUAUUAAUAUACAUUUGUUUCCUCUAGUCUUUUUUCCCUUAGCACACAUAUUGCACAUAAUUAGUGAAAAUUCAAUUUGAUCAUGUUUGUUGCAGAAAAUGAGUGUUUGUUAUACCAGCCAGUCUCAAACCUUAAAAAUGCCUCUUGGUUUGCAAAGCUUUUCCAACAGUGAGGAACUUGUGGAGUGUGUGAGUGGUCUGUUAUACUGAGUGUCAAGCUGUAUGAGCCACGUGUUAUACCAUAACUAUACCCAUCCCAUUCCGUUUUAAUAGAAAAUGGUGAUCAUGUUCUGAAUUUUUUAAAUGAAAUUACAGUAAAGUAAACCAUUGUGAUGUCUAUAAAUACUUAAACAUGCAGCUCCUAACAAGUUAUGAGGUU